GGAGGGUCGCCUGCUGCCGGGGCUGUUCACUCCCGCGGGGUCACUUCUCGCCUCCAGUUGAUUGACGUGGCGAGCAUCGGGCGUUGUGCGGCGUCUACCGGGGUGCGUCACAGGGCAGCCGGGGCAGCUCUCGCUGAACCAGGGGUUUGGAGAUCUGCUCCCGCCGCUCGGGCUAAGUGAGAGCCGACCUCGUGAGGAGCGCGUGUCGGGUCCGGUGACUCUGCGUCUGUGGUCGGCGUGCUGGUGACGGGAUAACGGCGAGUGGCGCGGGGCGAGGGUGGGUGGGUGAGUCGCGGGUUGGGUCGUGAGUUCGCGCUCUCCUCGGGGUGAGUCGGGCUCAGCCGAGGCAGGGUCCCGGGGCCGAGGCGGUGCCCUCUUCGUCAUCCUCCGUCGCUCGCCCACAGCUGCCACUCGGAGGGCACUUCUCGGCGAUGUGCAACCGGCCCGACUUCAAGGUGGUCCUCCUGGGAGACGUCAGCGUGGGGAAGACGUCGCUGCUGCGGCGCUACACGGAGCGCCGCUUCGAGGACACCGUCAGCACCGUGGGGGGCACCUUCGUCAUGCGGGAGUGGGCCGGGCACACGGUGGCCCUGUGGGACACGGCAGGCAAGGAGCGGUUCCACGGACUGGGCUCCAUGUUCUGCCGCGGGGCGCGCGCGGUGCUGCUGGUGUACGACGUGACGAGCCGCGCCACCUUCGCCGCGCUCGAGGAGCGCUUCCUUGGCCUCACCGACUCUGCCGACGCCGGCUGCAUCUUCGCUCUCGUCGGCAACAAGGCCGACCUUCUGCCGCCGCCGCCGCCGCCGUCCCUGACCCUGCAGAGCGACGGGAGCCCCGGAGCGCUGGCGCCGGAGGAGGAGCGCCGUCGUCUGCGGCAAGUGAGCGCGGAGGAGGCUCGCGAUUUCUACGGCCGCGUCCUUCGCUACCGCGACACCGUGGCGGGGAGCGCCGGUGCUGCCGGUGCUCGGCGGUCACCGCCCGCGGUCGAGCGAGCCUGCUUCGAGGCGAGCGCCAAGAGCGGGCGCGGCGUGGACGAGGCGUUUGAGGGAGUCUUCGAGAUGCUGGCGCCGCGACGCCGGGAUUGGUGCGGCACGGUUCCCCUGGACGAUGUGGAGAAGUGCCGGGGCCGGCGGGGCGCACCCUGCGCCUGCUCCUGAGCGGCGGCGGCGGUGGUGGACUGGUGCAAUGGUACGGUGCAAUGUGGAUACGACAACAAGAAGCAGAGUGAUUUCCUUCUCCAACUAGCAGCACUGAGGCAUCGGUGACCAUCUCCUGUGAAUGGCCCUGCGGAGCCCUUGCCAGUGGGGGAAAUUCCACAUUGCUACGGCGGGGAUGAGUCUAUCCAUAGGACAACUGUUGUUGACUUUCCCACUAUGUGGUACUGAUUUUUAUCCAUCCUGCUGCGGUGAUGAUGGGCCGAGUCAACCCCCCAACCAAGAUUUGAACUUCCAACCUUCCGAUUGAUGUGAGCCACCCACCCACCUUACUAAGCCGAGCCGCCAGGCCACAGUACCGCAGACGAGACCGUGAGGGGCCUCGCCAGGGCAGGGGUGGCCCUGGGGCAGUCACGGCGAUGACGCGGAGUGGUGGAUGCAAGUCGAGUGGCGCCGACUCCUCGCCACCGUGUUGCUAUUGCUGCCUUCCCGCAUCUCGUCUCUGGUUCCUCCUCCUGAUGUCUGUUAACUACCUCGCCUGAUAUGCGGAAGGUCGUGGGUGCGAUCCUGACCCUGACGCCUGCUGUAUAUUUGGAGUUUGCGCGUCUUUCUCCCCGUGGUCGCAUGGAUUUUUCUCCGAGUCCUCCGGCUUUUCCCUCCAUAUUUAAAGACAUGUGUUUAGAGUAUUUUGCUGCUAUACAUUUCCACAUGAUAAAACACUUUGUAGAGUUAUAAUUUUUGUACCAGGUCGCUUCUGAAAAAGAGCUUAUCUGGUGAAAUAAAAAGUUUAUUCUCA